AUGGGAAGAUGGUCAAUCCACCUGGGAGAAUUCAAAGCCCCCACGGUCGUCCCUGUCGCGGUUUCCCUCGCGGUCAUGGCGACCACGCUUCCUGUUCCUCCAUUACAUAGUAAAAGCGACGGGACGAAGCACCAGAAGAGCACAGGGGAAGAGAACAGUGACAUUUACUCUCCUCAUUACUCCUCCAACGCCCCCUGGCCCCCCUCUUUCCCUGCAGCACUCAGUACAGAAGCCGUCGCCAUGGAUGUGAAGAACGAGGGAUGCGUGGCUUCUGUCUCUAAGCUGUCUUCUGCCUCUACUUCCCACCACAGGCGCUCUAAGAGUGCCUCUGAUAGAAAUCUGGAUCCCACCAAACAUGGAAAAUCAAACUGCAUGGCAGAAUGCCAGUUUGAGUGUUUCCAGGGUACACAGAAUGUUUUGAACAUGAUGAAGUCUCAUGGAAGCCAAGGUUCUCAUCAUCAGAAUUCAAGUGACAAUUCCAGGAAUGCUGCACUAAGUAGUAGAGCCUCCUUGGAAGAUGAUAUCAAACAACUUCAGAUGCAUUUGCAUCAAGAGAAAUCAACUCGCUUUCUGCUGGAGAAGGCAAUCGGCCGAGCUUCUAGUACUUUGUCACCUGGACACAGGCAUUUCUCAGCUCAGACUAAGGAACUGAUCGCAGAGAUCGAGCUGCUCGAAGAAGAGAUAUCAAACCGAGAGCAACAUGUUCUGUCCCUCUACAGAAGCAUCUUCGAUCAGUGUGUUAGCCAGCCUACAUCGGCUCACAGUUCAGGCAUGGCUUCCCCUGCACACUCCAAGAGCGGAGGAGCUCGGAAGCAUCCCAGCAUAAUAUCAAGUUCCUUCUGCUCCUCCAAGAAGUUCCGGUUGCAACCUUUUCAAGUGCUGGCUUCGAUCAAAGAGUCCCGGCGGAGUGACGUUCUGCUCAAGCCCAAGGUUGGACAUGAACCAUUGGCCAGAGAAGACAUGAAACUCUAUGCCAGAAGAAACUUUGAAGAUCCUAUGAAGGAGAAGUUAUCCACUUCCGGAAGAAGUCACUUCGCUCGAACUCUGAAAGAUCAUCUCUACCAGUGCCCCUGCAGAAUCUCUGAAGAGAUGGUCAGAUGCAUGGCUUCUAUAUACUGUUUGAUCCGCUGUGACUCAUCCGAAAAGCCCGGUAAACCUCGUUCUCCGUUCUUGCCAAGAUCGUCUACAAGAGGGACUGCAGAGGAGCAGGAAUGGCUCAGCAGAUCCACAGUCGAAGUACCUUCGCUCUCCAUCGACAAGCGAUGCCCACCAGCGUCUUAUGCAACAAGCAACUACAGGUUCUUGGUGGAACAGCUGGAGAGAGUGGAUGUGAGUGUGUUGGAGACCAGAGCGAAGUUGGCGUUUUGGAUCAAUGUCUACAAUGCUCUCAUAAUGCAUGCUUAUCUGGUGUAUGGGAUUCCAAGUAGUUCUCUGAGAAGGAUUUCUUUGUUUAACAAGGCUGCCUAUACCAUCGGAGGCCAAAUCAUCACUGCAAACUGCAUUGAGUACUCCCUACUGUGUUGUCGGACAUCUCGAAUGGGUCGUUGGUUAGAGACGAUCCUGUCGACCGCCAUGAGGAAGAAACACGGGGAAGAGAAGCAGCUCAUCGAUUCCAAGGUCGGUCUUCCAAGCUGUCAGCCACUUGUUUUCUUUGCCCUCUGCAUCGGAGCUUUCUCGGAUCCCAUGCUCCGCGUCUACACCGCAAAGCAUGUCAUUGAGGAGCUGGAGAAGGCGAAGCAGGAAUUCCUUCAGGCCCAUGUCAUGGUCAAGAAGUCGAGCAGGGUUUUCCUCCCCAGGGUCCUCGAAAGAUACGCCAAGGAAACUUGCAUCGGCUGUGAGAAGCUUCUCGCGUGGGUGCAUGAAGCAGUGGUCGACAGGAAGAUGAACGAGGCGAUCCACAGAUGCGUGGCUUCCAGCGGCAAGAGGAAGGCGUCGCAGAUCAUCGAGUGGUUGCCUUACGAUACGAGGUUUCGCUAUGUCAUCGCCAGUGACAUGAUGGAAAACCCUAAUGGAUGUAAUAUAUCUUUUGGAUGAUAUCGGUGAUGAAAGCUAUGAGCUACUUCAAGAACAGUACCAAAUCUUACUAAAUGUACAUUGUUCCUUAUCUUAAAUUGCUUGUUUUGCUUUGGUGUUUAGCUCCGUCUGCUUGG